UGAGUCACAUGGUGCAUUUGGUGAGAAGCACUACACUGUGCUGCCAAUUACUCGAGAAGAGCCGUACUCUCUGAUUUUAUUCCGCUGACGAAAUGUCCGGGAAGAACGCCCAGCCCAACUUCAGCCCCUCUCAGGUAUCUGAGGUCAUGAAGAGGCUCUACAACCUGACCACUUCAGAAAUACGCCCUCUGCCCAGCUAUGAUGACCAGAACCUGUAUGUGGCUCCCACUGAGGGUGGCGAGUACGUCCUAAAAAUCAUGAACACGGAGGACAGUAAGAACCCCACCAUCAUUGAGUUGCAGACCCAUGCCAUGUCCUUUCUCUACCAGAAUGGACUUCCUGCUCAAACAGCCGUGCCUACCACCUCAGGACAACUCAUGAGUCUGGAAGAAAUGGAUUGUGGGUAUGGCUGUCAGAAGUACUUGGUCCGGCUGCUGACUUAUUUACCUGGAGUGACUAUUUCUAAGGUUCCUUUUACACCACUGUUAUUAUAUGAGACUGGCAGGAUGGCUGCUAGAAUGGAUGAAAUCCUUCAAAAGAUGGAGCACCCUCAUCUCGGCAUUCUCGAGAGGAAGAACUUUAUCUGGAGCCUGUCAAACAUUUGCCUCCUGGAAGGAUACAUGAGUGUACUAGACGGAGAUCCACUUCAGGAGGUUGUGAAAUCUGUUAUUGAUCAAUACAAAAACUCUGUGAUCCCCAGACGAUCCAAUUUUCGCAAAUGUAUUAAUCAUGGUGACUUCAAUGACCUCAACAUUCUCGUGCAACCCGAUGACAAUCAGGGCUACAAGAUUUCUGGCAUCCUUGAUUUUGGGGACAUGAACAGUGGCUACUACAUUAAUGAACUUGCCAUCACCAUAAUGUACAUGAUGAUUGAGCAUCCUGAUCCCAUCGAGGUGGGUGGGCCUGUCCUCGCAGGCUGGGAAAGUCUCAUCCCCCUCAACAAGGACGAGAAAGACUCCCUCUAUGUGCUGGUGCUCUCCCGCUUCUGCCAGUCACUGGUUAUGGCAAGGUAUUCUGUGAUGCUGCACCCAGAAAACGAAGAGUACCUCAUGACGACUUCCAGAAAGGGAGUUAAGAUCCUCCACAGGAUCUGGGAAUUGGGCAAAGAGCAUGUGGAGAAGGUUUGGUUUGACCAUGCUGCUCAGCUCAGUGUUUGAAUAGAAAAAUAUAUAAAUAAUCUAUUCAAACCCUUUCGUUCGUUAACUUUAGUUAAAGAAUGAAAGAAAUACUGCAGUAAAUUAUAACGAUUAAUAAUUAUGUAUAAUGAUUUGUACACAGUGUUAAGUCAGAUGAUUAUGGCACAUAGAUAAUUAAAACCCAAAAUAAAAUAGCAUAUUAUGUAAAAACAAAAUAGUUUUAGAUAUAUUUUCACAUAGGAUACAGUUUAUUCUCUUUGUCUGGACCUCUGGAGUGAAUUACUGGAUCAUGGCAUGGAAGUGAUCAGUUUUGCUCAGGUGCUGAAAAAAGCCCAGAUUGCUUGAAUAACUGUAAUGUCUGCAUGCCUGGUUCUACCUUCUUGAUCAUACCCUAAAGAUAUUUUUGUGGUGUUUAGAUUAGGCUUGUUGUCAUUAUACACGGUGAUACCAUUGGUUUUUAAAGUAUGUUUUGGUGCCUUCUACUGGAAAAUAUACUCAGCAUCUCUAUAAAACUUUGAUGGAAGCAUAAAGUGCUCUAAUAUUUCCUGGUAGAUAUGUCUGUGCUCACUUUGGACUUGACAAUAAGCAGUAAGUCAGCAUCAGCAGGUGGCAUGGCUCCCCAAGAUUUCCACUUGCUGUGGAAAUUUCACAUUACAGUAUUUUCUUUUGGCUGUGCAGAUCACACUAUUAUAGAUUGUUGAAACAAAUCGGUACAUGUGUUUUGAAUUUGAGUUUCACUUUUUAAAUAGAAUUACUAUUUUUUUGAAUGAUAUUUUAACUUUUGAGAUACACCUGAAACCGUAUCCUAAAAUAUGAUUAGCAGAGAAUAUUUCACCAGUUUCUGGAUUAACUGAGUGCUAAGGCGUCAAGUCUUUUGGGUUUUUAGAACUUCAGUACAGUGAGACCUGCUCUAAAUAACAGUCACUCUCUUGUGAACAAUGCCUUUUAUUUUAGUAUUCAAUGCUUUACUAAAAUAACUGCAUUUAUUAUAUCAUAAGGCACUUAUGUAUUUGAUUUCCAAGAAAAUAUUAUACGUCAAGAUAAUUUUGUAAAAGAAAAUUCAAUUAAGAAGGAAAUAAUUUCUCCUCCAUAAAACAUUGGUCCACAUUUAAAACAUUCAUUUGGGAAUAUUUCACAUUGAAUGUGAGGAGAAGUGACUUGAUUUUGUACAUUUCUUUUAAAAAAAAGCAACAAAUGUUGGAAUCUGCGAUAAUUUCUGUGCCUUGUUAGAAACUUUUCUUUCUAGUAAUGUUUAUUCUUACAAGAAUUUCACAACUUAAAGUUGUUAAUUCCAAUGAUUUACAAAUAAAUAGCUGAACAUUUUCUUUUCCAUCUUUAUAUUAUCACUAAUGCAUCUUUAUUGGACAUGCUUUUAUAUUUUUCAGUGUACCGUAUUUCAACCAUACCAGGUGAAAUGAGGUGCUUAAAAGUUCUUAAAAGCUUAAGAGCAUCUUCUACACUUCAUGUAGAAGAUGCUUCAUGUUCAGGAUCUAGAAUAAAAUGAUCACACAGAGUUGUCAGGUGAACUUUUCCUAUUCUGACUUGCACAUGUAUGUUGUUCUUAUGGAACCUCUUUGGUUUCUGAUAAAUUAUUGAUUUUUUUGUAUUAUUAAUGUAGAAUAAUACCAUACCAGCAGUCUAGAUAAAAUAUGAUGUAAUACUGCCCUCGUGUGGUGGCUUUUACAACUCCACUGUAAUAAAACUUUCAAUGGGGAUAAAUGAAAGUACAGCAUAGCAAUAAAUAAUUUUAAUUUCA